GGCGCAUGUGCACAACUGACAGUGAAUGUGCCAACACGAUCCAAUUUUUUCAUCGCUGGAAAAAUCAAAAACAGUAUCAAGUGUACAAAAGCUAAUCAAAGCCGACGCUUGAAAUAUGUGGCAAUGGACUGAUUCAGAAUGGUAGCCAACAUCGGCGUCAUCAACUCUACAAAUGUGGAGGCGACAGCGUAUAUCAGUGCGGUAGCCGCGUUCGCCGUUGUUUUACUGGUGGUAUUGCUGUUUCUUGGCAAGAAGUGGUGCUACAGUGUAACUGUAAAUCGUAAACGCUGCAAUGGCAUCCUCUCCGUAGACGCUAGUGUUGACACCCCAGGUCUUCCGCUUGACAAUGCUCAGUUUGAUACUUUGUCGAAAAACAUCCAAUACCCCGAACGAAUAUUUACAUUCGAGACCUCCGACUCCGAUGAGGAACUGCGCUUGCGCAUACAACAGGAUAAGGAGGAAGUUGAAUGUCAUUAUGAGGAAAAGAACGAAAAUCAGCCGAAAGCUGAAGUGGAGCUUAUUGAAACCGCGUUGAGAGAAACUUGCAGUCUUCGGGAGACCAAGAUCGAUGAGAUUGUGCCGCAAAAGGCGGAAUAUAUUCACACGCUCGAAGCGCAAAGCAGCGUUGAUAGUGACGUUAUAGCCCAUAAUGAUACUUCAUUGCUGUGCGGUGAAAGCGGAAGCUCAUCGGAGCGGGGUUCAGUGGAGCUCACUCUGCUGUAUGACGCGCCCGUGCGUAGCAUGACGGUCCACGUGUUACAGGCGCGCUCGUUGCCGCUUAGAACUCAGGGUCAAAUCCUACAGAGUCAGGUACGUAUUGUACUUCUUCCAUUGAAAAAGCAAAAGUACAAAUCGAAAAUUCGCAACGGAGAAAAUCCACAGUAUAUGGAAAGUUUCGUUCUGCACAAAAUAAAUCCAGAGGAUGUUCACGGUUUGGGUCUACGCAUUCGCAUAUAUGGUUGCGAGAGGAUGCGCCGCCAGAGGCUACUGGGCGAAGCCUCAGUUAGCUUUGCCACACUCAACUUUGAGCUAGAGAAUAGCUUGUGGCUACAACUCAUGCCGCGACAACACCACCACCAUCAAACUAGCUUACAACUGCCAAAACUGGAUCCGAACCAGUCCAUAACGGGUGUGCUAGCCAGCCCAUCAUCGAUAGCCACGGUGAUGAGUCCAGCUAACAAUGGCGAGGCGUGUAGCCUAGCACGUUCUGACUCGGCGUCAUCGUGCUGCAGUACACGGUCUGCUCCGGAACUGUUGCUGGGAUUGCAGUACAAUCCUACCACUGGACAUCUGUCGGUUGAGAUAGUAAAAGGGACGCAUUUCCGAAAAUUAUCACCAAACAAGGCUCCAGACACUUACGUAAAGCUGUGCCUUAUCAGCUCUUUGGGGAUGGAGAUGGGAAGGUGCAAGUCUACGACGCGGCGAGCGCAGUCGAAUCCACUCUACAAAGAAGUAUUUAUAUUUCAGGUGGCGCUGUUCCAACUGAGCGAGGUGACGCUGAUGGUGUCGGUGUGGUGGCGGCGCAGCGUCAAGCGCAACGAGAUGGUCGGCUGGUUCUCGCUCGGUCACAGCUCCUCCGGCCGCGAGGAGGAGCGCCACUGGCACGAGCUUUGCGAGCGCCAGGGCGAACAGGUACAACGCUGGCACGUGUUGCUCGACUCUUGACGGUCCUCGACGUAACACGCGGGCGACUGCGCCGCGUAACACUGAACCUCCCCGCCCCCGAGCCCGCGCCGCACGCCGGCCGCACCGCGGUGCUUUUACGCUGACGCCGCUCAGCGUCCGCCGGUUGCCGUGAGCUGAGUAUUGGACCCGAGGGCGUGACGUCACGACCCGAUGACGUCACAGCCGCCUUCAAACGCCAUCUUUGAAUCGUUUGAUGAUGCUUUCGUACCUCCGGCUUUGAUCGUUGGUCUUUUUGUACACGAUUUUCAAUUAAAUGUGUGCUUUUUGUAUUGUAAUUCGUAAAACGUUGUUGUAAACGAGCACGAUAUUUUUGACAGAUUGGAUGGAUUGAUGUCGAUGUUAAUUGUACGCAUAUGAGAGUUGAAGAUGUUGUUGAAGCAAAUUCCAUUUGUUCGUAUCGUUGAUAUUUGUGGAUAUUCACACUUGGGUGUAUCGCGGAUAUUAUUCAACAGUAUUUAGAUACAAUUAAGAUUUGUUUAAGAGUUUUAAAAGUAAAAUUUUUACGAGGUGAUGAGGACUUGGAGCGCACAAUUCAUGUGAGAUAGGAUAAAUUAUACGUAUUUAUAUAUGAAUUAUAUUUAUAUGAUAUUGCCGAUAACUUGCCAAUAAGGUGUCUUUCGUAUUUUCGUAUUCAGAAUGAUUCUUAUAUAUUAUUACCUAUCUACUUAGAAAUGAAAAGUAUAUAAAAUAAACAAACUGUAGAUUUUAAAGAUUAUUUCUUCUAUUCUUAUUAUUAUAUUAAUUAUUGUAUUAUUAUAACACUGCUAAUAUCAUAUUAUACAUAGAAUACUCAAUGAUGUAAUAUUAUGGCAGUUAAUGUCAUUUUUAUUUAUGAAGUAAAUUUUUUAUUAAAUUUGAAAAUUUACUUAUCGUUAAUUGUUGUACAAAAGUAUACAGUGUACAUCUACUGUUUUAUUUAUAAUAUUGAAACAAAAAAAAAAUGUGUGCUGGCAUAAGUGAAAAUUUCAUUGGGAAUCGCAAUAAUAACCCCUGAGAGCAUGACGGAUCACCUUAACUACGUCUACGAAAAGUUAUAAUAAGUGCAGUGUUCCAAAAAAGUUUCACUUUGCAAAAAAUACAAUAUGAAAUUUUGUUACGUUCCUACUACUACCAAUAUACGUAGAGAAUAACUAGAAAAUGAUACUUUAGACCAAAGUAGAAAGCUAUUUACGAACUCUUUGGUUUUUUUGAUGAGGUUGAUAAUGGAUGUAUAUUAAAGGGAAAAUAUUUAAAACAAUUAUAUAAAUAUAUUUAUGCGUUUGUUCCGCGCUGACUAACGUUUGAGUAGUUUAAUGUAGACGUAGGCAAAUAAAUAAAUAAGCUACAAUAUACGAAGUGUUGAUUAAUAUUUAUGUGACAGCGUGGUUAUCGUGUUUAUAUAAUAUAUGGUGAACAGAAAAUGUCUUAAAGAACGAAAAAUGUAGGCACAGCAUAUUUGUUUACGGCUAUGCUAUGAAUUCUUCUUUGUAUAUUUCUAAUAUUUAAUACCACUAUUGAUCGUCUGUUUAAUAAAACUUUUUGAAAUUCGACAAUUUUCUCCUGAUUAUUUCGAAUGUUACAUAUUUUAAGACUUGGGUGCCAAGAGUUGCUACCAAUAUAACAGUAAAUUAUAAUUAACCAAUAUAAAUAAGUUUUUCAGUAUAAAUUAGAACUUUAUAUCUUUUUACGCAAUAUAUAAAAAUAAUAAUUAGAUCCCAAUAGAGAUUUAAGCAAAAAUAUCCCUUCAUAUAUAGCUAUAGUACAUGCUUUCAUAGUGAUAUUCCCAUAUGCGAUAAAUUAAAUAACCAAUUUUAUCAUACAAUUUGUAAACACACAAUAAAAAGCUUUUAUUUAUUUGCCUACUGUUUUAACUUAUAUUUUUAUAGAAUUUUAACAAGAUUGAUGUGAAAGUAUUUUUUUUAUGUACAAUAUUAGCAAUUUAAGUGUGUUAAUUUUAUCACGUAUAUGCUUAAAAUUGUGUAAUUAUCUUCCUUUUGAUAUUAUUUAUAUGAAUGUUUCAAGAAAAAUUAAAUUUCCUACUUCUUUCUAUUUGUUGUAAUUACUUUUUAGCAUAACAAAAUACUCUUGUAUGCUCCAUGUAAAUGUUUUCAAAUUUCUAUGAAAUAAAAUGCUAAUCUGUAGCUUCUUUUCAUAGGCAUGACUUAAACCGACCAAUAUAACAUAAGAGUAGAUUUCGUAUCGUCCUUAUAUCUGCAUAUAGAUAGCACCGGCCACUGUUUAGUCUUCGUAUUUUACUGAGAUUUAUUGUUUUUUGAGGCGUCUUUGACCCUCCGUAUUCCCAUUGUGAAUUAACAAUUUUUUUGUAUCAACAUUUCUUCCAUUAAGAAAUUCUUCCUUUGGGAGAAUCGUAUCUGAGAUCGGUCUUUUGCAUUUUGCCAAGUAUUUUGUUUUUCAUCGGUGUCGGCUCUUGCAGAUUAGAUAGUAGUUAAUUACGUGUGUCAUUGAUAGUUUUAGAUAUAUAAAUGAUUGUUUGUCAUAAUUUCGAUGUACUUAUUACAAGAAUUCAAAAUUGUUUUGAUCAACUAUAACAAAAUCUUAAUUGUUUUGGGAAAGACGAGGUACCAGGUUAGGGAUUUAGACCUUUUUUUAUCGAAAUCAACCUAAAUUUACAUUUACAUUUAUACUAAAAUUUGCUUCACUAAGGAGAUGUCCUCCUAUUAAAUAAAUUUUGUCUAUUGUUGAACAUAGGUAUAUAUUAUGAAAUUUUUAGAAUCUUUAUGUUAGAAUAAUUCCUCUAAAAUCCCUGUCUCUACUGGCCCCAUAAUUAUAUAAGGAUUGUUGUAAUAAAGAAGAUUUUUAAAAACGAAGUGGUUAUAUUGUUUAAAAGUAGGUAAAAAUGUUCCGAUCUAGCGGAAUACCAUAACAUCUUAAUAGCAGUAAUGAUUCCAGUGGGCGAAUAUGAGGCUAAACGAUCUAUAUAUCUCUGUAUUGGGACUUCUUUAAGCCGUUAUGGUAACCCCCUGUAUCGAGUUUCAAUUAGCGUCAUGAUGCUUUUUUCCACUCGCAUGAAACUGUUACGGUUCAAUGUGGUUCAAUUUAAUCGUAUCUAGGUAUUAUAAUUUAUUAAGAAUUUGCUCGGGAGAAAUAUGUAUGGUUAAUCAAAUAUUCUUUUAUAUGGGCGAAGCAGUGAAUUCUUUUUAAAUAUCCCUCUAUUUCUAUCAAUUUAAUAGAUAGUAAGUUUAAUAGUAUUUUUGCCAUAAAUCUUACAUUUCUUCCGCCAAUCAAUAAGUAUCCAGCUAAAUAAAUUAAAAGUCUUAUAUUAAUAUGAUUAUAUUUGUAUUACCUAUCUCUUAUUUAACAAUUCUAAUGUAGGAAAGAUAGACAAUUUAUGUGAGUAUUAUGUUUUUAAUUAUAAAGUUACGUACCUAAUGCGCACAUAAUACUUAUUUAUAAAUAAGCAUGACAUUGUUUUGUUAGUUAUGUAUCACUUCGACUUAACAAAUUUUGUUUCUAAUUGAAAUACGAGUAGAUAUAGUUAUCAAUUAAAAAAAUAUAUAUUUGGAUCACGCUGAUGACGCAUAGCAAGGAAAUAGAAUGAAGACUUACAAUGCCACUAACUUGAUUUUAAAUUGUGUAAAAUUGAAUUAAAGGUGUUGUCAUUUUUGCUACUAUAAAUUAUAUGUAUUAUUGCUGUUUUUUUUUAAUUUCAAUCAUUAAAUCGGAUGUCGAAAGACACCAUCUCAGAGACAAGUUGGUGGCACUGUACCUACUAAUGUAUGCGAUAAUCACAGUUCCCCGAAACUUUUCCUAUCACUAUGUAAAAGUUCAUGUUAUUA